AUGGGAUAUUACCUUGCUGAUAGCAUAUAUCCAAAGUGGGCAACAUUUGUGAAAACAAUCCCAGCUCCACAAGGACAGAAGUAUAAAUUAUUUGCAGUAGCCCAAGAGGCGUGUAGGAAGGAUGCUGAGCAUGCAUUUGGAGUGCUUCAAGCACGUUUCGCAAUUGUUCGUGGACCUGUACGAUUUUUCCAUCUUGAAACUCUAAAAAAAAUCAUGAAAGUGUGCAUAAUUCUUCAUAACAUGAUUGUUGAAGAUGAGCGGGAUGAUAAUGAAGUGAUAGACUUGGAUUAUGAACAAAAUGAUGGACUGGAUAAUCCUCCUUUGCAAAUGUUACGUGAACAAAGUGAUGAAUUUUUGUCAUACAUUGAGAGACACGGACGCAUUAGAGACCGAGAAAUUCAUUUUCAACUCCAGUCGGACCUUAUUGACCAUUUAUGGCAAUUGCAAGGCGAGUCGUAG